CCCUUGAAGUAAAAGAGGACCUGGCGCACGCCUUACCGGAUUGACCGGAUCAUGCCGAUGAGCAGGCCACGAUCUCACAAGCCUGGCCCGAGCUGCAAAAGACAAACAUACUUCAUGCCAUCUUGCAGCCAUUUACGAAGCAGACGAGACUCGCCAUCAAGGUCGCACCAGGAGUAUGCAAGAGAAUCAACGCGCGAUACGUCGCGCCUACACUGAAAGUUUAAUGCUUAGAGGUAGGCCUAUCGAGAGAGGGAUCUUACUCUGACGUUGUUUGUGCCCG